GGUUUAAGCCUCGUAGGUCCAAUCGCAUACUUCUCACUCCCCUUGUUUAUCAUUUCGUUGAGUGGAAGCGGGUCUGCCGCAGCUCCACCGCCUCCUCCAGUCGCCGCCACCGUUCAGCGAAACGGAAAGCGCCAAGAAAAUUUUCUCUGAAAUAGACUCCGUUUCCUCGUUUGGGAAUUAUUUCAUUACUGCUCGUUGCUUUCUAUUUGUUCAAGGUUGGUAGGAGAAAAUGAAGCAGGUAGUAGGAAUGGUAGUUUCCAAUAAGAUGCAGAAAUCUGUUGUGGUGGCAGUGGAUAGACUAUUCUACCACAAGGUGUAUGAUCGAUAUGUCAAGCGUACCUCCAAAUUCAUGGCUCAUGAUGAGAACAACCUCUGUAACAUUGGUGACAAAGUUCGACUAAAUCCUUCUAGGCCAUUGAGCAAGCAUAAACAUUGGGUUGUUGCUGAAAUUCUUAAGAAGGCACGGAUAUAUGUUCCACCCUCCACCCCAAUGUUUCAUAAUGUCAGCUCCAGCUCUGAAGCACAUGCUUCAUAAAUUGACUCAAGGUCUAAAUGUAUGAAUUUAAUUGACCUUCUGAAUUCAGGAUUGUUUGCUGUUAAGUAUUUCUAUUGUUCCCCAUACUUUGGAAGGUGAUACUGUUGUGGACAUGUUAGCAUCACAUGUUUCUACAGGUUCCCUGUUUACUUUUUGUCCGUUUUGUACUAUUCUUACUUUAAUUAUUUCUAUAAACUAUUAUACCAA